AUGUCACAUACCGGUACGAUGCGGGGGACACCUAAGCCCACGAACCGCAACCAGCCCCAGCAGUUCGGCCACAGUCCUUCUGGCAUCCCACGGCCUGCGCUUGAAACCCACGCCACCCAUGUUGCGCAGAGCGAAGUGGGCGGCUCGUCGCUCAGUGCCAGUCGGGCAAAGAUGUCCAAGAGGGACGACGCAAUCCGUCGAAAGAUCGAAUCCGAUCUCAACAAGAAGAAGAACCACAGCGGACGUGUGCGCCUGUCCAAGAAAGCCCCGCCUGGCACCGUCCUCGCCCUGAAGCCGUCGCCCGCCCUCCAGAUCAAACCAUCAACUACCGUGGCCGAGGCUGCGCAAUUGAUGGCGGCCAAGCGCGAGGACUGCGUCCUGGUCACUGACGACGACGAUCGCAUUGCAGGCAUCUUCACCGCAAAGGAUCUGGCUUUCCGGGUUGUCGGCGCUGGAAUCAAGGCGCGCGACGUCACUAUCGAGGAGAUCAUGACCAAGAAUCCCCUUUGCGCAAAGACAGAUACGAGCGCGACCGAUGCCCUGGACCUCAUGGUCAGGAAGGGCUUCCGUCAUCUUCCCGUCAUGGACGAGAACCACGACAUCUCUGGUAUCCUGGACAUUACAAAGUGCUUCUACGACGCCAUGGAGAAGUUGGAGCGUGCCUAUAGCUCUUCUCGCAAGCUUUACGACGCUCUCGAGGGAGUGCAGGCAGAGAUGGGCUCUAGCCAACCAGCUGAAAUUAUAAACUACGUCGAGGCUAUUCGCCAGAAGAUGUCUGGGCCUACUCUGGAGUCUGUCCUGACUGGUCUUCCUCCAACCACGGUAUCUGUGCGCACUUCUGUCCGAGAAGCCGCAGCCUUGAUGAAGGAGCACCAUACCACGGCUGUGUUGGUGCAGGACAAUGGCUCCAUUACUGGAAUCUUCACCAGCAAAGAUGUCGUCCUCCGCGUUAUUGCCGCGGGGCUCGAUCCAUCGACUUGCAGUGUUGUUCGCGUCAUGACGCCCCAUCCCGACUUUGCGCCCAUGGACAUGAGCAUCCAGUCUGCUCUUCGCAAGAUGCAUGAUGGGCACUACCUCAACUUGCCUGUCAUGAGCGACGCGGGCGAAAUUGUCGGCAUGGUGGACGUGCUCAAGUUAACAUAUGCGACGCUAGACCAGAUCAACAACAUCAGUACCACAGAUAGUGAGGGCCCGGCAUGGAACAAAUUUUGGCUCUCGCUUGACAACGAGACUGAAUCGAUGAUGUCUGGCGAGGGCGGAAGCCGACACCCUGACCACCGAUCAUACGUCUCGCACAACGACCGCCCUGGUCUCAUGGAUCGCGGUGAUAGCGUAUUGCCUAACGAGUCUGCCUCGCACCAUGGAGGUGACUCGCCCCCGCAGUCUGCCGUAGCAAGCAAUCAUCCUGCAACUAUGGAGGACAUGCCUUUCCCCUUCAAGUUCAAGGCUCCAAGCGGUCGCGUCCACCGCCUGCAAGUGGUGGCCUCUCACGGUAUUGAGGAACUCAUCUCCAACGUAGCCAAUAAGCUCGGUGGAGAGGUCGAGGCUCUGGGAGGCAUCCCAACAUUCGACGAAGGCAAGAUCUCCAGAGCCGGCUUUGCUCUGAGCUACCUUGAUAAUGAGGGCGACACGAUUUCCAUCACAACGCAUGACGAUCUCGUUGAGGCCAUCAGCUUAUCACGCAUGGCGCAUCGCGAAAAAGUCGAUCUCUUCGUACAUGACCCUGACAAGGCGCCGAUGUCUGCUGAAGUCAACCCACAGCCGGGGUUGCCCAAGCCCGUGACACCGCCUGAAUCCACCCUUCGUGAGCGCAAGCAGUUCUUCGACGACGAAGAGGACGAAACACCUAGGUCUCGAGGCAGGAACCAACCUGUGCCUCUCUCGCAGCAGCCGGAAAUUAUUGCUGGAGUUCCGAACGACCUCCUUUUACCGGGAGCGAUUGGCGUACUUGCCGUUGUGAUUGUCGGAGUGUUUGUACUUGGCCGUGCCUCGAGCCGGUAA